AUGAACUCGUCAGCCAAGUAUGCGGAAUUGCUACCAGAAAAUGCCAAUGUGUACUUGGAGAAUUGUAUGGAUGAGAUUGAGAUUCAAACAAAUGACAGUAAAUCGAGACACCGAGCCAGUUAUCAAAUAAAACGAUCAGUUCACAGUGGUAGAUUGACAUAUUCAGCGUUGCUUAUAUGUCUGGAUAUCAUUCUGCUUAGAAGCCUCUCGAUUGUCGAUGGAGAUUUGAAAUUGACUAAAAUUGAUGUCACGUGAGUUAGAGACUUUAUUAAUUUUGAAAAAUCAAAAAUGUUUGUACAAAUUUGUUGAUGCAAAAUCAAUUCAAUUAUAGAAAGAAACGUUUCUUCAGCUCUUGAAAACCUAAAAAACGUUUUCAGUUCGUUUUUCAAAAACCCUCAAAUUAUUAUCAUUUCUAGAUUCAAACAUCCAAAUCUCCCAAAUGGUGGUGAACUUUCGUUUUUCGAAGAAAAAUACUCGGAUGAAAAAAUUGAAGAAAUGGCUUUGGCAUUGCAAUUUGCUGAGAUGCGUGAUCCACGUUUCGUAAUCGAUGGAGAUUUAAAGGUGCAUGUUACAAUCGAUAAAAAAUAAGUUCAAGUAAGUUUUGUGUUUUAUUUUUGGAAAAAAAAUGUUUACAAAAACAAUUUCAGACUGUCUCUCAAAUCUUCGUGA